AUGGCACGCUGUAGCGGUUGUCAUUGUGCCUGGGGGUGUUUAGUGUGAAGCUUCGGUUGCUAUGUCAUCAGUUUUCCUGGAGAUCGCCCGUGUGCUACUUUCUAACACUCCGGGCUACCGGCCGGACAGGAAGGGUUCACUCAGCUCCUCACUACAUCCCAGGGAGAUACAGUAACUCAGGCAGGGGCUAGCCCUCCAGUCCACCAUCUCAGGCGUGCAUGUGCGAUGUGCUGCAGGCUCUGAAAGUUGCAGGGAGAAGAAGUGUUUGGGUAGGGGGAGAUGACCCAGCCAACGUCUGGCCCCUUGGCCAAGCUCUCUAGGCAGCCUGGGGAGCCACAGCAACGAAGAGUGGGCAACGGGACAGGUACCUGGCACAAGGAAGAAAUGCCCGCUGGCACUGCUGGUAUCCCAGUGGCUGCUGCCUACAGUCCUGCUGGAGGUGGGGAGAUCUUCCAGGCAGUGGAGGGAGGACAUUUGGAGAGAUGCCAGCAGAUUAUUGAAACAGAAGGCUCAGCGAUUUUGGGAUGUUAUGAUGAAAAAGGACACACGCCUGUUCACUGGGCUGCCCUUGCGGGAUCUGUAGAACUUAUUGGGCUCUUUGUGGACUCUAGAGGACCUGUGGAUCUUCAAAGCCAAGCAGAGCUUGGGCAGCGCCCUAUUCACUGGGCUGCUGUUAACGGACACAUUGCUGUGGUCGAUAUUCUUGUGAAGGCAGGUGUUUCAUUGGAUGUAGAAGACCAGAAGGGUUGUUCUCCCUUAAUCACAGCAGCUCAAUAUGGACAAACAGCCCUUUGUUGCUACCUCAUUGGAAAAGGUGCCAAAGUACACGUGUGUGACACCGAGGGAGACAGUGCAUUGCAUUGGGCAUGUUUUAAGGGACAUUGUGAAUUGGCUCAACUACUGAUACACUCAGGUUGCAAUCCGAGACAGGCUGAUAAUUUUGGUCAGACACCUUUACAUUUAGCUGUAUUAAGUGGAAAUCUGCCAACCGUCCAGAUCUUAUGUGAUCAUGAAGGAGUUGACUUGGAAGGAGAGGAUAACAACAGAAAUAGCCCUUUAAAAUUGGCUAAAGGGAGAAAGUCUAAGGACAUUGUCUCAUUUCUUCAAAGCACUAUCAUCCAGUCCAAAAACCUUGAAACCAAAUUUGACUGGAGUGCAUGGGUGUUUGGUCGUCCGGGUAAAUCAAAAGGGCCCAUCCUAUUCUUCUAUGGCAACUUAUUCCUGUGGGGUUAUCCAACAUAUUUUUUUAAGAUUGUGCCAGUUUCUUAUUACGCCCUCUGGGAAUUCCAUAUGGUAUUCUUAUUAUGCAAUGUAUUGAUGUGGGUCUUCUUCAUAAGAGCAUCAUUAAUGGACCCAGGCUUCCUUCCUCGAGAUACAGAAGAGUAUGACCAUGCUGUAAAGCAGGCAGUCAAUUUUAAUGAUUGGAGGAAUGGCAAAAAUCCUCUGAGUAGGUUGUGUCAUACCUGUCACCUGGUCAAGCCACUUCGUUCCAAGCACUGUCGUGUCACCAACCGCUGUGUCUCCAAUUUUGACCAUUAUUGUCCUUAUAUCUAUAAUGAUGUUGGACAACGUAACAGAGUAUUCUUUGUUGGAUUUCUGGCUACUAUGUGUGUUUGCUGUUUGAUUGGAGUCUACCUGUGCUGGGACUGGUUCUACGUUGAAGGAGCAAGCAUAUUAAUUGGAAUGGGAUUUCUAUUUCUUGCCAUUAUUGGUGUUAUUUCAGGCAUGAUGACUCUAAUAUGUCUAUAUAUGGCGGCUGUAAAUAUCACUACUAACGAAAGGAUGAAUUCAAAAAAGUACACAUACCUCAUGGAUGACAAAGGAAAGUUUCACAAUCCUUUCAAUAGGGGGUUUUACCUGAAUUUUCUGGAAUUUCUACACAUUAUUCAUCCUGUUUCAGAAGAAAUCCCGCAGAGAAAGUUUGAGAUUUAAGGAUAAAGAAUGUAAUUAUAGUGGGUCUAUGUGCAAAGCAAAGAUAAUUUUAUAUGAAUAUUUAUAUAUACCG